AUGGACGAGAUUCAGAUACUCAACGGCUCCGAUCCCGCCGUAAUUGCCGACGCUUGUCGAGCGCACUCCAUCACGACGGAGGAAUUCUCCGAACUCCAAUCUCGAUCCGCGGCGGCCAAGGCGACGGCGUACUGCCCAUACAGCCAGUUCCGGGUUGGUGCGACCUUGCUCGUCGACACGUCGUCCUCCCAAGACAGCACUGCCUCCACAAAAUACGUGAACGGCGCCAAUGUCGAGAACGCUUCGUACCCCGUUGGCACCUGCGCCGAAAGAGUGGCUCUUGGUACCGCUGUUGUGUCAGGGCUCAAGACGUUUAGGGCCAUUGCCGUCUCGACCGACGUCACGCCGCCCUCAAGCCCUUGCGGCAUGUGUAGACAAUUCAUCCGCGAAUUCUGCGAUUUUCCAACUCCGAUUUUCAUGUUUGACAAGGAUGGAAAUUUUGUCGUCAUGAAACUUAAAGAGCUCCUUCCACUAUCAUUCGGACCCGACUCACUCCCCUCGCCGAAAGACCUUUUGGCAGCAAGGGCCGACAAGAAGUGA